GUGAUGGAGGUUGAGAUGAAGGAGAAGGGCCGGGCCGCGGAGCCUGAGGAGCCGGAGAGGGAGCAGUGGGGAGCCAAGAUGGACUUCAUGUUGUCUAUGUUGGGGUACUGCGUGGGGCUGGGCAACGUCUGGAGGUUCCCGUACCUCUGCUAUAAGAACGGCGGAGGAGCCUUCCUUAUUCCGUACCUCAUCAUGUUGACGUUUGCCGGACUGCCCCUGUUCUUCAUGGAGCUGGCCCUGGGUCAGUACGCCAGUCUGGGCCCGGUCACCAUCUGGAGAUGCCUGCCUCUGUUCAGGGGCAUCGGUGUUGCCAUGUGCAUCAUCUCCGGUCUGGUGUGCAUCUACUACAACAUGAUCAUCGCCUGGUCCCUGUACUACAUGUUCGCCUCCUUCACCAGCAUGCUGCCCUGGCGCACCUGCGGCAACUGGUGGAACACCCCCAACUGCGUGGAGACCUCCGCCGUGGCCAACGCCACCAACAAGACCGAGAACUACACCCGGAUCAGUCCCAGCGAGGAGUACUUCCAUGAGCGUGUUCUGCAGUACACUGUGGACAUAGGGAACAACCAAACCGCCAGGGGGAUCCAACACACUGGAAACAUGAGCUGGGAGCUGGCGCUGGUCCUCCUGCUGGCCUGGAUCAUCGUGUUCGCCUGUCUGUGCAAGGGAGUCAAGUCCUCGGGCAAGGUUGUGUACUUCACGGCCACGUUCCCGUACGUCGUGCUGAUCAUCCUGCUGAUCCGUGGCGCGAUAUUACCAGGUGCCAGGGAAGGCAUCAUCUUCUACAUCAAGCCUGAUUUUAAUCGACUCGCAGAUUCGCAGGUAUGGUACGAUGCAGCGUCCCAGAUUUUCUACUCCCUGGGUGUGGCAUUCGGAGGAAUAUUGGCCAUGUCGAGCUACAACAAGUUCAACAACAAUUGUCACAGGGACGCCGUGAUCAUAGCUCUGGCCAACUGCACUACCAGCGUGUUUGCGGGCUUCGCCAUCUUCUCCUACAUCGGGUACAUGUCGCACGAGCUGAAGAUGCCAGUGGGGAAGGUGGUAGCCAGCGGAUCCGGUCUGGCCUUCAUCGCGUACCCUGAAGCCUUGACCCUCAUGCCGAUAUCACCGCUGUGGUCAAUCCUGUUCUUCUUCAUGCUGCUGACCCUUGGGCUGGACAGUCAGUUCGUGAUGUUGGAGACCAUCGUCACUGCCCUGUCCGAUGAGUUCCCGACUCUGCUGAGGCAGCACAAGACUUGGGUGCUGCUGGCCAUCUGCGUGGUCCUGUACCUCCUCGGACUAACCCAAUGUACUCAGGAAUUAAGCGCUUCAGCGCAAACAUCAAGGAAAUGAUCGGCUACGAGCCCAACAUCUACUUCAAGGCCUGCUGGAUGGUCAUCUCCCCAGCACUGAUGUUGUUCAUCUUCAUCUUCUCGCUGGUCCAAUACUCGCCUGUGGUGUACAACGGCAUCCCGUAUCCUGAUUGGGCCGUGACCCUGGGUCUCCUCAUGGCGUUCUUUUCCAUCCUGAUGAUUCCUCUGGUCGGCAUUAUCGAAGUGUGCAAGAACAAGGGAUCCAUUACCGAGCGCUUCCGUAAGGCCAUCACCCCCACGGAGAAGUGGGGCCCGGCCAUCAUGAGUCAGGAGCAGAAGGAAUGGAAGAGCACCGAGGGUAUCGACAACCCCGCCACCAUCUACGACCCCGCCACCAUGGAGAACGGCACCGACCAGCCGCCGCUGUACGACCCGCGGAGCAUCAACCGGUACCCCCUGUACGAUCCGCGGAGUCUGCAGUACGACCCUGCCCGCAACGGUGGGGCCGUCAACGAUACCUCCUACAGCUCCAGGCUGUAAGUGAACGGGGCUGGACCGUGACCUUGGAAAAGUCGUGUAGAUUCGAUCGGAAGGAAUGUAACUGAGCAUGCGCGGCGAAAAGCCUUACUUGAGAACCGUGAGUUCUUGUCGCGACCAUGUUUUAUACAUGAUUGUCCAAAUUCAGUCUGUCGGUUUUUGUACAUCUCCUGAGCCUUCAAUUUUGAAAUAUUACCCAUAACGCACUUCGCAACGCAUGCGCAGAUGGAACCACAAACCUCCAUGUAAGAGCCGUCAUGGAUAGGUUGUUUCAAGGUCAUAUGCAGUACAUGAAAUGUGAGCUGCGCACACAAUAUAACAGCCAGCUUUUUAAAGAGAAUUUGGAUACGAUGGAUAUAACGUUUAUAAGAUAUACUACAGUUGUAUAAGUUUUUUUGAUAGUCCAGAAAGGUAUGAUGCUUGGUACAUUUUCUACUUGGUUUAUUAUAGUAUUACCGUACUACAUAUCCAUGAAUAUAUUUCCCGUGUAACGAAUGGCUUGUGUAAAAUGAUGCGAAAGGUGGCAAAUUUAAAAUCCAGAUCCCUCUAAAAUGAUAUAUGAACCACGAUAGGCACACCAUGCUAUAGAAUCUAAAUAGCUGGUGAUUGACGUGAAGUAAUAAUCUAGUUGACAUUUCAAAAGGACCGGUUGGACUUUGAAAAUCAUCACCAUUUCAUUAUUGUGUACGGCAUAUUCAAGUUGGGGGAAUACCUCUAAAUUGUAUCAGGCACAACAGGGUUGAGUUUUAGAUUGCAUUUUAUACCUUUAUGUAAGAAACUUUUGCAUGAAAUCUCUAUGCAAUGCAAUGCUAUGGUUGAAAAUGUUCACUUUUAUCUGUAUAUAUGGAUCUCUAUCAUAUGCUUGCUAUGUCCAUGUACAUUUGGAUAGUUUGAGUGAAGAUCUGACUGAAAAGAUAUGCAUACUUAUUUUGCAAGCUUUGAGCUAUAAGACACUAAGAUUAUGGAAGAGCAAGCGCAAUGUACUGACAAUCAUGUCCUUAAAACUAUGCAAGAUUCUCCUAUGACAAAUAACAAGUACAUUACAAUACUUGAAAUUACAUCACUUCCCAAUCAUCAGAUUCUUAUUUUUGAAUGGACAAACAAACCCAUCCAUACGUUUUUUUUGUUCGCUACUGCCAAUAAAUAUACAUGUAUUUCCAUUUUUUCUAAGCAAAGAACGUAUAUUUUAAGAAAUUCUAUUUCUGAUCAAAAGGAGCUGAAUAUAUAUAAGUACACUGUAUUUGCAUUACAUCAUGUACAGUAACUCCCUCUCCACAAGUGAAUGAGACUAGUAUGACUAGCGUUUGAAACGAUCAGGUUAUUAGGAAAGUCUGAAAUGUUUAUUUUCUGUGUGUCUUACUAGUCUUGUCAGUAGAAAAUUGGUUGAUAAAGAUGGAUAUAUUAUCUGUAGUUCCUUGUUUGCACAGCGAAGUUUUAUUCAGCUGUGUUUGUACCCGGUGUUCUAGGAUUUUAUUUACCGUUGUACUAUCAGGCUAUACUAUCAGUGUGCGUUUUGUUUUUAGUUCAGGUGUGGUGUAUUGUAUUGUACUCGAAGAUAAACACUAUACCGGAGGUAAAGAUUGUAUUAGCUAUCAAUACCAAAGAAUAAAAAUUCAGUGAGAACUGA